AUGAGUGACCGGCGCCAGGCCAUGCCUUCGUUGGCUGAUGGUCAUCAUCCCUGGUCUGGUAACGGGAAUACACUUCGUUAUGCAGGACCUUUCUUUGACACUUCCUCUUCAACGGAUGAGGAUCCCAUUCGUCCCUUUACUCCAAUUCCGCCUGAGUCGAACGCAUCGAACCUGUACUCAGGUUAUUUGCCUAUGCAGGCUGAGCCUCCUUUCGGAUCUUCUAGCGCAAAUGGUCAGGGAUCUGCCUUGGCAGCUCUGCCUGCCGCUCUCCCACCUACCGGGGGGUUCGCUUCGGGCACAUCGAACGUGACCCCGAUGCCCACUGGAAUCAGUGGCUUUCCGUCUUCCACCUCUGCUUAUGUUACAGCUACCCUUCCGGUUUUUCGUCCGACUCCAUCCAGGAAUAACAUGGGUCAGAUGAAUGCGCCAGUGAACUCGACCAGUCUGUCUGCAGACCGACGUGGUCGACAUUUCCUCGUCAACAAUGUGAUCAGUGAUUCUGAUCCCCAGCGCAUUGUGCAAUUUUUCCAUUUUCAAGAAUUCCCCACUCUGGAUGGGCCUUCGCUGAACCGGCUUUCAACCGAGAACAGCUUUGUUGUUGGCUUCGCCAACAUCGCGGACGCAGACGCGGCCAAGGAUAAAAUCCAGUAUCUUCGACCGGGCUGGGAAAUUGUUUCGUUGACUCGCAAGGAGUUUGACCGGUUUUCCGCGGUGCGAUCUCGCCCAUCUGACUAUGAGGGCCAGGUGAAUGUUUCCCUUGGUACCGAUGCUACCCCCCAGAUGACCCUUUCCCAGGCACAGGCCAUGGUGCGGUUGAUGCUGGGGCCUGUUGGUCACUUCCAGUUUGUUGAAAGCAACCUUGGUCGUGGCAUCUUUGAAUUCCGCGUCGAGUUUUUCGAUAUUCGCCACGCUUUGAAUGCCGCCAAGGCGUUUCCAAUUUCACCGAGUGGAGUUCUGCUUUUCGAUGUCACCCUGCACCAACCUGAUGUCGACUCGCAGCUGCAAACCCCAGCUGCCAUCCUUGCCAGUGCUGAUCGAAGCAACAACCUUCAGUCGACCACGAAGAAGGCUCAUUUCGUCCCUACUUCGGACUCCCGGCCUCUGGUUCCCACGGGACCAAAGAACAUGGCGCCGAGCUCGAACCGCCGGCGACCCACUCCCAAGUCCACCAGGGUUGUGUCGGUUCCCGACAAGAACCUGCAGCCCAACCCUGACAAGAUCCGCAACGGCUUGGAUGUUCGGACAACGGUGAUGAUCCGCAACAUCCCCAACAAGAUCACGCAGAAGGAGUUGAAGGAUCUGCUCGACCGGACCAGUUUUGGUCGAUACGACUUCAUUUAUCUGCGAAUGGACUUUACGCAUGGGUGCAACGUGGGGUAUGCCUUUGUGAACUUCGCUGAGCCAGGUGACAUCCUGCCGCUCUUCCACGCCCGCCACAAUCAGCCGUGGCCGGGCUACCAGUCGGAGAAGAUCGGGGAGAUCAGCUACGCCACGACCCAAGGUCAGGCGGGGUUGAUCGAGCAUUUCCGCAACAGCUCGGUCAUGCUGAUGCCCCAUGAGGUUCGCCCUCAUAUCUACCAUGUGGGAGGUCCCAACGCCGGGAUGGAGCGUGAAUUCCCUGCUGCCAAUGACAACACCAAACUCACGCGCAGCAUCAACAACACGCGCCAGAAUGGGCUGUUCCUGUCCCGUCUCGUCAAUAAUUCGGGUUCGCGUCCCCGUCCCCACAAGAAGUAG